AUGACUCAGAACUGCAGGGCACUGAAGCAACACUUGGAAGACCUGGUGGCAGCUAGACACCUAAGGGAAUACAUUGAUCAGGAUAAGGAAGUGGCCGAGCUGGGGAACCCACCUCUAGAAGUAAAUAUUGAGCAUCCACCCUGGCUGAUAAUAAAUGUGAUCCAUGGGACAGCGGCUCAGGAAUCUAAGGAGGCACUGAAGGAAGAGAUCGCUAAGGCUACGCAAAUUCAACGAAUCAUGUCAGUGGAGCCGGCAUCGAAAAAGGUGCGUACAGUACCUGAAUCUCCCUUGUGCACUGUUUCAUUUACUAGCAAAGAUUUAGAAGGCAUACAACACCCACAUACUGAUGCAUUGAUUAUAACUGUUGGGAUUAGGAAACGAUUUGAUGUAAAACAUGUCCUAGUAGAUCAGGGCAGUGCGGCAGACAUACUAUAUUAUGAUUUGUUCAGAAAGCUCGGCCUCUCCGAGCAGCAUCUCACCCCAGCGGUAGCCCCGUUGGUCGGUUUCAAUUCACAGCCGAAAUGGCCGCUCGGCAUAAUAGUAUUGCCAGUCAUAGCGGGGACAAAAACCCUCCAGAUAGAGUUCUUGGUUAUUAAUACACCAUCCCCUUAUAACGCCAUACUUGGCCGUCCGUGGAUUCAUCGAAUGGAAGCAGUCCCUUCAACCUAUCACCAGCUCAUCUGUUUCCCAAUGGAACACGGAGUAGAGCAGAUCUCAGGGGAUCAAGUUGCGUCCAAACAUUGUUUCAUGGCAGCAUUAAAGGCAAAACAGCUCUGCAAUCGGGUACAGACGGUAGAAGUGGCCGGACAGCUAGUCUUGGAAGAUGUAGGGGGAACUCCAGAGGAAAACAUGGUAGAGGAUUUGGAGAAAGUCUUGGUAAAAGAAGAUGACCCUGAAAAGUACUUCCUUAUCGGGUUGGGCCCAGAAUUUGCUUGCCACAAGCUCAACAUCAAUCCUUCAGCUCGGCCCAUUGUACAGAAAAGUCAGAGAUCCUCAAUUGAGCACACUGAAGCAGUAAUUACCGCAGUCGAAAAACUCCUGGCCUCGGGAGCAAUCAGAGAAGUUCAGUACCCGCAAUGGCUGUCUAACACAGUUGUAGUCAAGAAGAAGAAUGGAAAAUGGAGAGUUUGUGUCGAUUUCACUUGCUUGAACAAAGCCUGCCCUAAAGAUAGUUUUCCGCUGCCUCGCAUUGAUCAACUAGUAGACUCAACAGCAGGGCAUGAGCGCAUGAGCUUUUUGGAUGCUUAUAGCGGUUAUCAUCAAAUACCACUGUUCGGUCCGGAUCAAGAAAAGACAGCAUUUAUCACUCCGAGAGGGACUUACUACUACAGAGUAAUACCGUUCGGCCUCAAGAACGCCGGGGCGACCUACCAGCGAAUGAUCACUCGGAUGUUCAAAGACCAACUGGGGAAAACCAUGGAAGCCUAUAUAGACGAUAUGGUAGUAAAAAGCAAGUUUGCUACAAACCAUCUCACGGACUUAAGAGAAGUUUUUAGCAUCCUAAAAAACCACCAGCUUCGCCUUAAUGCCUCGAAAUGCGCCUUUGGGGUAGGAACAGGGAAGUUCUUGGGAUACAUGGUCACUCACAGAGGAAUUGAAGCGAAUCCAGAUCAAAUUAGGGCAAUACAGGAUCUCGAAGUGCCAACAAAGUCUGAGGAACUACAGAAACUAGCCAGAAUGGCGGCCGCACUGAAUCGGUUUAUUAGCAAAUCCUCAGAUCGGAUGAAGCCCUUCUUCCAGCUUUUGAGGAAAACGGCAGCAUUUGAAUGGAGUAGCAAAUGUACCGAAGCACUACAGAUCCUCAAAAGAUGCCUCAGUACACCUCCUUUAUUGUCUACUCCAGAACCGGGAGAGGAGCUGUACCUCUGUCUAGCAGUCUCAGAUCAUGCCGUGAGCGCAGUAUUAAUUCGAGAAGUUGACAAGGAACAGAGAUCAGUAUAUUAUGUUAGCAAGACUUUACUAGAUGCCAAGACACGGACAGCAAUCAAGGCCCAGGUCUUGGCGGAUUUUGUCGCAGAAUUUACUCCCACCCAGAGUACCAAACCGGGGAAUAUGAGUUCGGCACAGGUGCCAUGCGCCACCGAACAAGGAAAACCCAGCUUUUCGGAAGCAUGGAAACUCUUUAUUGGAAACAUCUGGCAACUCUACGUCGAUGGUUCGUCCAAUAACCGAGGCUCGGGGGCAGGAGUAGUUCUUAUUUCUCCAGAAAGAUUUAUCUGGGAACAAGCUCUCAGGCUAGACUGGAAGGCUUCAAACAAUGAGGCCGAGUAUGAAGCGUUAUUGGCUGGCUUGCGUAGCGCCGAACACUUCAGUGCAGAACAACUUCUUGUUUUCAACGACUCACAACUAGUGGUAAACCAGUUUUCUGGGGUCUAUGAAACUCAAGAUGAAAGAAUGGCUAUGUACGCAGGCAAGGAAAGAGACCUCCUCAGAAAAUUUCAAUCCAUACGAGUGGAACGAAUCAGUCAGGACAAAAAUAGCCACGCAGAUGCUCUGGCAUGCCUCGGCUCAUCAGUGGAUACAAAGGAUGCCAGGAGAGUUUGGGUUGAGUUUGUACCAGAACCAAGUAUUGCAUCUCCAGUCCUCUGCAACAACUUAGAGCCGAGCUAG